UGAACAUAACUUUUUUUGGAAUGAAACUCUUCUUCUGUUUCCCCAUCUGAGCUCAGAGUAGAUGAGAGAUGUAAUGUUUGUCUCUGUUGUGUUGAAGCCCAAUCAAGCAGGAGAAACCAGCCUCCCCUGUUCCCAGCUGUGUGUCCAUGAAGAGUGACUGGUCUAUGGAUCAUCCUAUAGUGUUUAGAGAGGGAGACUUUUCUACUGAACAAAGACCAAUCCAGCAGGAGAGACCAGCCUCCCCUGUUCCCAGCUGUGUGUCCAUGAAGAGUGACCGGUCUAUGAGUCCUCCUAUAGAGUUUAGAGAGGGAGACUUUUCUACUGAACAAAGAAACCAACAGGAGGGAUCAGAGUCAGAGAUUCUCAGUGGUCAGUCUUCCCAGAGUCAUCAAACAGACCUGGCCUCCAUAUUCAGUAUGCUUGAAGAGAAAAUUAUGACAUUUGUGAAGAACGAGCUGAAGAUAUUCAAGAGGAUUCUUAGUCCAGAACUCCCACAAGGCUUUGAGAGUCAGAAGCAGGAAGUGGUGGGCGCUGAAGAUGAGCAGCAGGAGAGCAGUGCCAGAGAGGGGGCUCUGAAGAUCACACUGCACAUCCUGAGGAAAAUGAACCAGAAGGAGCUUGCUGACACACUGGAGAAAUAUGAGCUUGCUGUGAUUUGCCAACGUGAACUUAAAUCUAAUCUAAAGAAGAAGUUUCAAUGUGUAUUUGAGGGGAUCGCUAAACAAGGAAACCCAACACUUCUCAAUAAGAUCUACACAGAGCUCUACAUCACAGAGGGUGGAACAGGAGAGGUCAAUAAUGAACAUGAGCUGAAACAGAUUGAGACAACAACCAGGAAACAAGCAAGACCAGAGACUGCAAUCAAAUGUAACGACAUCUUCAAACCCUUAACUGGACAAGACAAACGUAUCAGAACUGUGCUGACAAAGGGAGUCGCUGGCAUUGGAAAAACAGUCUCUGUGCAGAAGUUCAUUCUGGAUUGGGCUGAAGGAAAAGCAAAUCAGGAUGUCCAAUUUGUGUUUUCAUUCCCUUUCCGGGAGCUGAAUUUGAUGAAAGGGGACAAACACACUUUCAUUAAACUUCUCAAUCACUUCUCAAUGGAAACCAAAGAAUCAAGAAUCUCCAACUACGACAAGUACAAAGUUGUGUUCAUCUUUGAUGGUCUGGAUGAGUGCCGACUGCCCCUAGACUUCCAGAAGAACAAGAUCUGUUGGGACGUCACAGAGUCAACCUCAGUGGAUGUUCUGCUGACAAAUCUCAUCAAGGGAAAUCUGCUUCCCUCUGCUCUCCUCUGGAUAACUACCCGACCUGCAGCAGCCAAUAAGAUCCCUUCAGGGUGUGUUGACCAGGUGACAGAGGUACGAGGGUUCAAUGACACGCAGAAGGAGGAGUACUUCAGGAAGAGAUUCAGUGAUGAGGACCUGGCCAGCAGAAUCAUCUCACACAUAAAGACAUCAAGGAGCCUCCACAUCAUGUGCCACAUUCCAGUCUUCUGUUGGAUUUCUGCAACAGUCCUUGAACACAUGCUGGAACAUAAGAGAGAAGAGAUGCCCAAGACUCUGACUGAGAUGUACACACACCUUGUGGUGUUUCAUACCAAACAGAAGAAUGAAAAGUAUCUUGGGAAAGAAGAGACAGGUCCACACUGGAAUAAAGAGAGCAUUCUGUCACUGGGAAAACUGGCUUUUCAACAGCUUGUGAACGGCAAUCUGAUUUUCUAUGAAGAAGACCUGCAAGAGUCUGGCAUUGAUGUUAAUGAAGCCUCAGUGUACUCAGGAUUGUGCACACAGCUCUUUAAAGAGGAAUGUGUGCUGUACCAGGACAAGGUGUACUGCUUUGUUCAUCUGAGCAUUCAGGAGUUUCUGGCUGCUGUAUAUGUGUUCCUCUCAUUCAUCAACAACAAUCAGAAUCUAAUGGACAAACUGCAAACAAAAGACGAGUCUGAAGUUACUGUCUACAAGAGUGCUGUGGAUAAAGCCUUACAAAGUGAGACGGGAAACCUGGACCUUUUCCUCCGCUUCCUUCUGGGCCUCUCACUGGAGUCCAAUCAGAAGCACUUACGAGGUCUACUGACAAAGACAAGAAGCAGCUCACAGAGCCAUGAAGAAACAGUUAAGUACAUCAAGGAGAAGAUCAGGGAGAAUCCCUCUCCAGAGAGGAGCAUCAAUCUGUUCCACUGUCUGAAUGAACUGAAUGACCAUUCUCUAGUGGAGGAGAUCCAAAGCUUCCUGAGAUCAGGAAGUCUCUCAGAACCCAACCUGUCACCUGCACAGUGGUCAGCUCUGGUCUUUGUGUUGCUGACUUCAGAAAAGGAGCUGGAUGUGUUUGACCUGAAGAAAUACUCCAGAUCAGAGGAAGGUCUUCUGAGGCUGCUGCCAGUGGUCAAAGCCUCCAGAGAUGUUCUGCUGUCAGGCUGUGGAGUCACAAAGGAAGGCUGUGCUUCUCUGGUCUCAGCUCUGAGGUCAAACCCCUCACACCUGAGAGAGCUGGAUCUGAGUAACAAUGAGCUGAAGGAUUCAGGAGUGGAGCUGCUCUCUGCUGGACUGGGGAAUCCCCACUGUAAACUGGAGACUCUGAGGCUGUCAGGCUGUCUAGUCACAGAGGAAGGCUGUGCUUCUCUGGUCUCAGCUCUGAUGUCAAACCCCUCACACCUGAGAGAGCUGGAUCUGAGUAACAAUGACCUGAAGGAUUCAGGAGUGGAUAUGCUCUCUGCUGGACUGGGGAAUCCCCACUGUAAACUGGAGACUCUGAAGCUGUCAGGCUGUCUAGUCACAGAGGAAGGCUGUGCUUCUCUGGUCUCAGCUCUGGAGUCAAACCCCUCACACCUGAGAGAGCUGGACCUGAGUAACAAUGACCUGAAGGAUUCAGGAGUGAAGCUGCUCUCUGCUGGACUGGAGAAUCCCCACUGUAAACUGGAGACUCUGAGGCUGUCAGGCUGUGGAGUCACAGAGGAAGGCUGUGCUUCUCUGGUCUCAGCUCUGAGGUCAAACCCCUCACACCUGAGAGAGCUGGACCUGAGCUACAAUCACCCAGGAGACUCAGGAGUCAGACUGCUCUCUGCUGGACUGGAGGAUCCACACUGCAGACUGGAGAAACUCAAUGUGGAACAUGGUGGAGAGAACAGAAUGAAACCUGGACUUAGAAAAUAUGUCUGUGAUCUCACACUGGACCCAAACACAGUAAACAGACGCCUCUCUCUGUCUGAGGAGAACAGAAAGGUGACAUGGAGGAGAGAGGAGCAGCCGUAUCCUGAUCACCCAGAGAGAUUUGAGGACUGUGAACAGGUUCUGUGUAGAGAGGGUCUGACUGGGCGCUGUUACUGGGAGGUAGAGAGGAGUGGGAGAGGGGCUGUUAUAGGAGUGACAUAUAAAGGAAUCAACAGGAGAGGAGGUGAUGACUGUUGGCUUGGAUCCAAUGACAAGUCCUGGAGUCUGUUCUGCUCUGUCAACCGUUACAUUGCCAGGCACAAUAGUAAUCUCACUACCAUAGACGUCCCCUCCUCCAGCUCCCACAGAGUAGGAGUGUAUCUGGACUGGCCAGCCGGCACUCUGUCCUUCUAUAGAGCCUCCUCUGACACACUGACCCACCUGAUCACAUUCACCUCCACAUUCACUGAGCCCCUCUAUCCAGGGUUUGGGGUUUAUUAUGACUCCUCAGUGUCCCUAAAAUAACAUGACACACACACAAUAAUAACCUGUAAAUAAUACACACACUGGAUACACACACACACUGGACUCUCACACACACACACACACACACACACACACACACACACACUGGAUACACACACACACUGGACUGACACACACAGACACACACUGGACAAACACACACACACACACACUGGACUCACACACACUGGACUCGCACACACACACACACCACACACACACACACACACACACACACACACUGGAUACACACACACACUGGACUGACACACACAGACACACACUGGACAAACACACACACACACACACACACUGGACUCACACACACUGGACUCACACACACACACACACACACACACACACACACACACACACACACAC